GUUCCGGCGGCGAGGGGCGCGGGAGAAGAGGCGGCGGAGGAGACGGCAAGGGGAUGGGGAGAGGAGCAGUGGGCUCGUCAUGGGCCUCAUUCCGAAAUGGUGGGCCGGAGCAAGACGAAUCCCUCCCUCUCUCUUACUGUAGGGCGUUUGUGUUUGUUUCCCUUGGGAGAGAAUGUCGUCGGCGGCGCUCCGCCGCCACCUCCUCCGCAUUCCCGCCCGCCGCCGCCGCCUCCUCUGCGCCUCCUCCUCCUCCUCUCCCUCGAAGCCGACCAACGGCUGCCAUGGCUCCGCGGCGGCGGGGGCGGGGGUGGUGGAGCUGAACCCGCCGCGCGGCACGAGGGACUUCCCGCCGGAGGAGAUGCGCCUGCGCACCUGGCUCUUCGACCACUUCAGGGAGGUGUCCCGGCUGAUGGCGUUCGAGGAGGUGGACUUCCCGGUGCUCGAGUCCGAGGCGCUCUUCGUCCGCAAGGCUGGGGAGGAGAUCACGGAGCAGCUCUACAGCUUCGAGGACAAGGGCGGCCGCCGCGUGGUCCUCCGGCCGGAGAUCACCCCGUCCCUCGCGCGCCUGGUCAUCAGGCGAGGCACCUCGGCGCCCCUCCCGCUCAAGUGGUUCACCAUCGGCCAGUGCUGGCGCUACGAGCGCAUGACCAGAGGGAGGCGCCGCGAGCACUACCAGUGGAACAUGGACGUCUUCGGCGUGCCCGGCGUCCGCGCCGAGGCCGAGCUUCUCCAGGCCAUUGUGCUCCUCUUCGAGCGUCUCGGGGUCGUGUCCUCCGACGUGGGGAUCCGGCUGUCCAGCCGGAAGGUUCUCCAGGUGGUGCUCGACAUGUACUCCGUGCCGCAGCACCUGUUCACUCCGGUCUGUGUGAUUGUUGACAAGCUGGGGAAGAUGAGCAGAGAGGAGAUUGAGAAGGAAUUGAUCUCCACUGGACUGCCAUCUGAAGCUGUGCAGGGCAUCAUCGAUGUGCUUUCUCUGAAGUCACUGCCUGAGCUCGAAGAGGUGCUGGGCUCUGGUGGUGCUGAGGCUGUUGCUGACCUGAAGAAGCUCUUCUCCUUCGCCGAGCAGUAUGGCUAUGCCGAUUGGCUAUGUUUCGAUGCAUCGGUUGUUCGAGGUCUUGCAUACUACACGGGGAUUGUUUUCGAGGCUUUUGAUAGGCAAGGGGAGCUGAGGGCGAUCUGCGGUGGCGGGAGGUAUGAUAGGCUGCUUUCAACAUUUGGUAGCGAAGAUGUGCCGGCCUGUGGGUUUGGGUUUGGGGAUGCUGUUAUCGUCGAGCUGCUGAAGGAGAAGGGCCUUCUGCCUCAUCUGUCGCGCCAGAUAGACGACAUUGUCUUCCCGUUGGAUGAUGAGCUUCAGGGACCUGCAUCCUGUGUCGCAUCCUCUCUGCGCAAGAAUGGCAGAUCUGUAGACCUUGUGCAAGAUAAGCGUCUGAAAUGGGUGUUCAAACAUGCAGAGAGGUUAAAUGCCAGCAGGCUGGUUUUGGUGGGGAAAUCUGAGUGGGAGCGAGGCAUGGUUCGUGUGAAGAUUCUGUCUACCAAAGAGGAAUUUGAGGUCAAGGCAGGCGAAUUACAGUAAUUGCUAGCCAAUCUGGAGGUCGCGGGCAGAGGCUAGUGGAUGAUGGCAACAUGUGAUGACCGGCGAAGGAGGGACAUCGACGACAUUGUCUCGAGGGACCAACCUAAACCUUGUCCUCGACCAACCUAAACCUUGUCCUCGACCAUCGACGACAUUGUCUCGAGCUACUUUUUAUUAUAUACAUCUAUAGAUAAUCUGCGAUGGAAAAUUAGUCCCAAAAAUGCACAGGCAGAAACAUGUUAAGCACAUGGGAUUAUGAUGCUUCCUCCGUUUCUUUGUAGUUUGCAUAUAAGAUUUGGUCAAAGUCAAACUUUGUAAAAUUUCACUAGCUUUGUAGGAAAAGAUAUCAACAUUCACAUUAUG